AUGGCAUCGUCAGUUGUCUACCUAAUCUCUAUUCUUUCCCUCAUUUUCAUCGUUCAAGAAUCUUCUGUUCUUGUAUCAGGAGAUGAUGAAUUGAUCCACUCUACUUGUCAAAAGACGCGGUCGCCAGAACUCUGUGAAGUAUCAUUAAUCUACAAUCCAGCCAGCAAAGAAGCCGAUGUAAAAGGUAUAACAAAGAUUAUUACCACUGCUGGGGAAAACAGUGCUUCAGACACAGCUAAAUUCAUACUCAAAUAUAUUGUUGGUUUCUAUACUGACCCAGAUGCAGUUGAAGUGGUCACAGGAUGCAUCAAGUCUUAUGAUAAUGCAAAGACUGCACUUGACAUAUCAAUCGAAGAUUUGAGUUCUGAUCAUCUUGCCAACGCACUUAAAGGAUUGGAAAUUGGUGCUUCAUAUGCUGAUGAUUGCAAAAAUUCCUUUAGCUCAGCUAGUCCACCCCUAGAAUAUCCUGAUGUGUUGCGACAAAAGCAACGCUAUUUCCAGGAUCUAUGUGGUGUUUCCAGUGAUAUUAUCCAAGUGCUUAGGUCCUAA